CGGAUAUGAGAUUCAGUCUGAAGACUAUUUACAGCUGAAUUGCUCUCUAUUAGCACUACUCAAGUUCGGACCUGGAAGUUACCUCGCUGAAAAGCUCAUCAAAAAGAAACUUCACAGUUAAAACUGUAAAAUGCCAGUCGCAGAAAAUGGACAAAGGACCUUUCCUGGAGUAGGAUCCAAACCAGGAUUGGAAAUAUGGAGAAUCGAGUUUUUCAAGCCUGUUAAAGUUUCUCCCAAGGACUAUGGAAAAUUUUACAAGGGUGAUUCAUACAUCAUACUUCAGACAAUAACUGUUGGUAAGACUGCCAAUAUUUACUUUUGGUUGGGACCAGAGACUACUCAGGAUGAACAAGGAGCUGCUGCCAGCCUGUCUGUGACACUUGAUACAGAAUUAGGUGAUUUCCCUGUGCAGCAUCGAGUGGUUGGAGGUCAUGAAGAUUCAAAGUUCAAAGGGCUUUUUAAAGAUGGGAUAAAGUUUUUGGAUGGAGGCCAUGCUUCUGGGUUCAAAGAAGGAAAGAAAAAGUUUACAAAAGCAUUAAUGCAAGUGAAAGGGAAACGUAAAAUUUAUGCUUCUCAGGUACCAGCUACCAUUGAUUCGCUGAACAUUGGGGAUUGCUUUGUUUUUGACUGUGGAAGAAAAAUUUAUGUGUGGUGUGGAAAAGAAAGCAACAAAAAAGAGAGUUUUAAUGCUGUAAAGUAUGCACGUGAACUACGUGAUGAAGAACGUGCAGGUCUUGCUGAUGUUAUUAUUGUUGUCACACCAGAGGAGGAAGAAGAGUUCUUCUUUGAAUUAACUGGAAAAAAAGUAAUUGUUCCUAUCACAAAAGAAGCUGAAAGUGAUGAGGCACAUGAUGCAUCCCUCUCACUUAAUUUGUACAGGAUCAAAGAGGAUGAAACUGGCAAUAUCACAAUGAAGGAGACCGGAAGUAAACCCUUGAAGCCUGAUGAUCUUGACACAGAUGAUUGCUUCAUCUUGGAAACUGGCCAAGGUGUCUACGUAUGGGUUGGGAAAAAAUCAAGCAGAAAUGAAAAAGAUAAAGCUCUCAAGGAUGCCCAGGGUUUUCUAUCUGCUAGGAACUUAAAUCCAAACACAUCCAUAAAAAUUAUUGGUGAGGAUCUAGAGCCAUCUGAGUUUAAACAGUAUUUUUCUUCAUGGGAACCUGUUGUACCUUUUGGAAAGACACAGACCUUUCAAGCUGGUAAAGGAGUUGUGUCUAAAGAACAACUUGACCAGAGACCAAAGUUUGAAGUGAGAUCCAUGCAUGACAGGAGGGCAUCCGUGACCAGCACUCUUCCUGAUGAUGGAACAGGCACAGUACAGGUUUGGCGAAUUAAAGGCUUUGAGCUUGAAGAGGUACCACCAAAAUCACAUGGUGUGUUCUACUCUGGGGACUGUUAUGUUAUUCUGUAUACAUACUUGAAGAACAACCGGGAAAAGCACAUCAUCUACUUUUGGCUGGGAAACGACAGUACAGCUGAUGAACAAGGAGCUGCUGCAGCCGGUGCUAUAGCCCUUGAUGACAAGUUUUCAGGGGAACCAUACCAGGUUCGGUUGUGUGAAGGAAAGGAACCGUUGCAUUUCUUUAUGAUUUUCAAGCACCGACUCAUUAUCUACCAAGGUGGCCAUGCUAGUGGGUUCAAAAACGUUGAAAGCUCCGGAAAUGCCUCAGAUACUCGCCUCCUUCAGGUUCGCGUCACUGGAAACAAUUCUAGGAUUGUCGAGGUUCUCCCGGUGGCUCAAUCUCUGAACAGCAGUGAUGUGUUCGUGCUUCACAACCCUCAUCACUGCUUCAUCUGGGUGGGCAAAGGCAGCAUCGGUGAUGAACGGGAGUGUGCCCGAGAGGUGGUGCGGCUCAUUUGGAAGUCAGACGAUGCUGAUCUAGUUAUGGAGGGCAAGGAACGUGACAACUUCUGGAACCUGCUAGGAGGAAAAGCUGAUUAUGGCUCAGCCAAGCAAAGCUGGGCCGAGGAAGAGAGCAGCGGUUACCCACCCCGAUUGUUCCAUUGUUCAAACGCCAGUGGCAGGUUCAUGGUCGAAGAAAUUUUUGAUUUCGGCCAGGAGGAUUUAGAGGAAGAUGAUGUCAUGAUCCUCGAUGCCUGGUCGCAGCUGUUUAUAUGGGUUGGAGCCACUGCACGCAGAGAAGAAAAACAAGAUGCUAUCAGGACUGCUCUGGAAUACGUUAAGACAGAUCCUCGUCAGCGCGUCCCAAACAUGACGAUGUCAGUGAUUAAACAAGGGGCUGAGCCGGUGGGGUUCAAAUCUUACUUCGUGGCCUGGGAACCGCAGAUGUGGAACAAGAAAAUGAGUUACGAAGAACAGAUGAAACAAGUCAAACAAGAAAAUGAGAAAGUGGAUAAUAACGCGUGGCAUUUGACCGAGUGGGACGAGAAACUCAAGCCGAAAUUUUUCCCCUUGGAAGUUUUACAAAAGAAAGGAGAGGACCUUCCUGAAGAAGUAGACCCUACUAAGAAAGAGCUUCAUCUGGAGGAUGCCAAAUUUGAAGAAAUUUUCAAAAUGUCUAAGAAAGAAUGGGAAGGUGUACCACAAUGGAAGAAGAACCAAGUCAAGAAAACCAAUGAUCUGUUCUAAAAGAACAAAAGUAUCGACCGCUAAUUUAACUCAAUUUAUAUUAACAUUUUCACACACUAAUGCAAUUUGUAGAGGUAAUAAUAUAAUUUCGAGUGCAAUUUGGAGGAAAUAGGCACAAGUAAAUUUUUCAAAGGCAACAAAAUUGCACGAGCCCAAAGGGCAAGUGCAAUGUGUAGUCCUUGAAAAAUUUUCAAGUGCUUAUUACACCACAUUGCAAGAGAAAUCAUGUGAUUGCUUGUUAAUAAUGUACAUGGAAAACAUCACAGAAAGUUAAGAGAGACGAAAUUUUGAAAACGUGCGCGCGCUAUUCGUAAUUUGCACUCGUAUUACAUGAGGAUGCACUCGUUUUUAACCAAUCAGAAGCGCGUAAUUUUUUCAUGUACAUUAUUAGUAUGAGAAUGGGCGCAACGUUUUAAAUCCCGUGGUUUUUACAAGUAUUCAUCAUAAUUUUUGGCGAAUUAACUAUUUUUAGGAAUUUAGUAUACUAACGCAAAUAUCGUAAGAAAAAACAGGUCUAACUAGUAGACUGGUCAAACGAGAAACUGGAUAAACUGGUUUGACCUGAUGGCUGCUAACAUAUGUGUUAAGUGGUCUAAAAACCUACAGGGAAACCAUACAACUAAUGCCGUUUAUAAACUUAGGUAGAAUUAUUUCGGGAAAUUAGACGUUUUUCUUAAAUGUGGAAUAAAUGCUUUGAAUAAUCAACAAGAACAUAUUUCUUAGGCUAUUUAUCUAAAUUUAUAGACUUACUGAAGUAGUGGCAUUUUGCUCUGUAUUGCAAUUCUAAUUUUAAUAUGUUGGUAUUGCUGUGCGCGUGCAAGGCCUUCAAUACAACGUUUAAUGAAAAGUUGGUGUGUCUUUAGGUAGGUGUAGAGUUGUCACGCAAUCCCCCUUUGUGCUGUAGCGUGUUUAUCUCCGCAGCCCAAAGGGGCAAGUUUUGUAACCUCGUUCACGGUCUCCCCUCUCUUCUCCUACUGAGAUCAGGGUGAAGAGAUAUCCUAGAAACGAUGUUGCAAGCUUUGGUUGCUUUCGGUAUUCGUGCUUUGUUCGUAAUCGGUGUGAGUCGGAAAAUCCUAGAACUUUCGAACUUUUCUUAACAAAGCUGCAGCACCAUUGAACGACGACUUAAUCGAAUUUUGCUAUUUUGACAAGUAGCUUUUAGUAUAUUUAUAAUAAUGUAUUACUCAAUAAUGUAUUUCACUGCUUAGGGAAUCAUCCAAAUUUUAAAGCACGUAACGUUCAUAGUCAACUGUAAGUUGCCGAUACUAGCUGUGUUUCUCUGAAAUAAAAUAUUCUGCCAAGAAA